AUGAACGUCAGGAUCGACAGCUCCAAGGUCGUCAAGCCGCUGUACGACGGCGCCGCGGCGCCGGGGACGCUCGCCGGCGGCGAGAGCGUGCCGCUCAGCGUGUUCGACACGGUCACCUACGACGUCUACAUGGCCGUCAUCUACGCGUUCCGGCCGCCCAACCCGCCCAACGCGGCGCUUGAGGUGGGCCUUGCCAAGGCGCUCGCCGUGUACCGGGAGUGGGCCGGGGAGCUCGCCGACGGCGACGGGACGGAGGGGCGGCGUCCGGCCGUGCUGCUCAACGACAGGGGGGCGCUGCUCGUGGAGGCCACGGUGAGCGCGCCGCUGGCGGCGGUGAUGCCGUUCAAGCCGUCGCCGGAGCUGCUGCGGCUGCACCCGAGCACCGCCUGCGGCCGCGCGGGGGAGCUGGUGCGGGUGCAGCUGACGAGGUUCGCCUGCGGCUCGCUGGUGAUCGGGUUCACGUCGCACCACCGCGUCGCCGACGGGCAGGCCGCCGGGAACUUCCUCGUGGCGUGGGGGCUCGCGUCGCGUCGGCUGCCGGUGGCGCCGCUCCCCGUCUGCGACCGCGCCACCCGGUUCCCGCCGCGGAACCCGCCGCUCGUCCAGUUCCCGCACCGCGAGACGGAGUACUACGCGCCGAAGGAAAAACACAACGCCGACGCCGGCGACGACGACGACGAGCUCGCCACGCCGGUGGCGCACGACAAGAUCAAGGUCCACAAGGUGCACUUCACCAAGGAGUUCUUGGCCGGGAUCAAAGCGCGGGCAUCGUCGUCGUCGCCGUCGCGGCAUGGAUACAGCACGUUCGAGAGCGUGGUCGGCCACCUCUGGCGCGCGGUCACGGCGGCGCGCGGCCUCGGCGCCGGCGAGCCCACCACGCUCCGCAUCUCCGUCAACGGCCGGACGCGCAUGCGUCCGCCGGUGCCGCGCGACUACUUCGGCAACCUCGUCCUCUGGGCAUUCCCUCGGAGCACCGCCGGCGAGCUGGUCUCGGGCCCCGUGCAGCACGCCGCCGAGCUGAUCCACCGCGCCGUGGCGCGCGUGGACGACGCGUACUUCCGCUCGUUCGUCGACUUCGCGUCGUCGGGCGCCGUGGAGGCGGAGCGGCUCGCCGCCACCGCCGACGAGUCGCAGGCGGUGCUGUGCCCGGACGUGGAGGUGGACAGCUGGCUGGGCAUCGACUUCUACGACCUCGACUUCGGCGGCGGCGGGCCGGCCUACUUCAUGCCGUCGUACCUGCCGAUGGAGGGCACCGUCUUCCUGGUGCCGUCCUUCCUCGGAGACGGCGGCAUCGAUGCCUACGUCUCCUUGUUCGAGACCCACCUCGACGAGUUCAAGAAGAUUUGCUACACCUACUAG